AUGUCUGCUCCAAGAACCAAACACGCAGCAACCAUAUUAACGAAUGGAAAGGUCUUAGUUACUGGUGGAUAUGAUAAUACUUAUUCUACUCUAAAUAGUGCUCAGUUGUAUGAUCCAACAUUAAAUACUUGGACAUCUAUUAGUAACAUGAGUACUGCACGAUUCGACCACACAGCAACAGUAUUAAAAAAUGGAAAAAUAUUAGUUACUGGUGGUUCAGGCACUUAUGGUGGUACCCCGAACAGAGCUGAGUUAUAUGAUCCAAUAUUCAAUACUUGGACACCUGUCGCUGACAUGAAUUCUGAAAGAUCUGUUCACACAGCAACCCUAUUAACAAAUGGAAAAGUGUUAGUUGCUGGUGGUACAGUCCCUGAUGGUACCCACGGCAGUGCAGAGUUAUAUGAUCCAAGGUUCAAUACUUGGACACCUACCGCCGACAUGAAUUCUGCACGGUUAGGUCACACAGCAACCAUAUUAACGAACGGAAAAGUGUUGGUUACUGGUGGAUAUGACACUGAUGGUUCUCUGAACAGUGCUGAGUUAUAUGAUCCAAUAUUCGAUACAUGGACACCUAUCAGCAACAUGAAUUCUGCACGAUCUGCUCACACAGCAACCAUACUAACAAAUGGAAAAGUGUUAGUUACUGGCGGGUCUGAUGGUGCUAAACCACUCAACACUGCUCAGUUAUAUGAUCCAGCAUUCGAUACCUGGACGCCUAUCAGUAACAUGAAUACUGCACGAUCGGCUCACACAGCAACUCUAUUAACAAAUGGAAAAGUGUUAGUUACUGGUGGAUAUGAUGGUGCUAAACCACUCAGCAGUGUCCAGUUGUAUGAUCCAAUAUUCAAUACUUGGACAACUAUCAGUGACAUGAAUACUGCACGAUCCGCUCAUACAGCAACCAUGUUAACGAAUGGAAAAGUGUUAGUUACUGGUGGUACAGGCGGUGUUGGUCCUUUGAGUAGUGCUGCGUUGUAUGAUACAACACUGAGCGCUUGGACACCUAUCAGUAACACAAACACUGCACGAUACCAUCACACAGCAACUAUGUUAACAAAUGGAAAAGUAUUAAUUACUGGUGGUUCAGGCACUUAUGACAACCAGAACAGUACUGAGUUAUAUGAUCCAAUAUUGGACACUUGGACACCUGUCGCUGACAUGAAUUCUGGACGAUCUUCUCACACAGCAACCCUAUUAAGAAAUGGAAAACUGUUAGUUGCUGGUGGUUCAGGCGCUGAUGGCACCCAGAACAGUGCUGAGUUAUAUGAUCCGACGUUCAACACUUGGACACCCACCGCUGACAUGAAUUCUGACCGUUCAUCUCACACAGCAACCCUGUUAACAAAUGGGAAAGUGUUAGUUACUGGUGGAUAUAGCAGUAUUGGUUCUACGACAAGCGCUGAGUUGUAUGAUCCAUCAUCCAAUACUUGGACACCUACCGCUGACAUGAAUACUGACCGUUCAUCUCACACAGCAACCAUAUUAACAAAUGGAAAAGUGUUAGUUACUGGAGGUUCAGGCACUUUUCAUCUUCUGAACGAUGCUGAGUUAUAUGAUCCAGCAUUAAAUAUUUGGACACCAGUCACUAGCAUGAAUUGUGCACGAAAAUCUCACGCGGCAACAAUAUUAACCAAUGGAAAAGUAUUAGUUACUGGUGGAGAGGACAUUACUAGUUCUCUGAACUGCGCUGAGUUGUAUGAUCCAAGAUUCAAUACUUGGACACUUGUCAGUAACAUGAAUUCUGCACGAUCUUCUCACAGAGCAAUCAUACUAACAAAUGGAAAAGUGUUAGUUAUUGGUGGUUCAGGUGCUGCAGGUCUUCUGAACAGUGCUGAGUUAUAUGAUCCAACAUUCAAUACUUGGGCACCUAUCAGUAACUUGAAUUCUGCACGAUGGUUUCACACCGCAACCAUAUUGAUAAAUGGAAAAGUGUUAGUGACUGGCGGACAUGGUGUUGCUAAGCCGCUGAACAGUGCUGAGUUGUAUGAUGCAACAUUGAGCACCUGGAUACCUAUCACUAACAUAAACACUGCACGAUACUAUCACACAGCAACUAUGUUAACAAGUGGAAAAGUGUUAGUUACUGGUGGAUAUGACGGUGGCACUUCUGUGAACAGUGCCCAGUUGUUUGAUCCGACAUUAAAUACUCGAACACCUGCCGCUAAUAUGAAUUGUGCACGAAGAUCUCACACGGCAACAAUAUUAACAAAUGGGAAAGUGCUGGUUACUGGUGGAUUUGACAACGGUGCUUCUCUGAACAGUGCUGAGUUGUAUGAUCCAAUAUUCGAUGCUUGGACACCUGCCGCUAACAUGAAUAACGCACGAUCCGCUCAUACAGCAACCAUAUUAACAAAUGGGAAAGUCUUAGUAACUGGUGGAUAUGGUGGUAUUGGUUUUAGUAGCAGCGCUGAGUUGUAUGAUCCAUCAUCCAAUACUUGGACACCUAUCAGUGAUAUGAAUACUACACGAUCUGCUCACACAGCAACCACAUUAACAAAUGGAAAAGUGUUAGUUACUGGCGGUUCAGGCAUUGGUGGUACCCGGGACAGUGCUGAACUAUAUGAUCCGGGAUUAAGUAUAUGGACACCGGCUACUGACAUGGAUUGUGCACGAUCUUCUCACACAGCAACCAUAUUAACGAAUGGAAAAGUAUUGGUUACUGGUGGAUAUGACACUGGUGGUUCUCUGAACUGUGCUGAGGUGUAUGAUCAGGCAUCAAAUACUUGGACACUUAUUAGUAGCAUGAAUACUGCGCGAUCUUCUCACGCGGCAACCAUAGUAACUAAUGGGAAAGUCUUAGUAACUGGUGGAUAUGACACUGCUGGUUCUCUGAACAGUGCUGAGUUAUAUGAUCCAACAUUCAAUACUUGGACACUUGUCAGUAACAUGAGUUUUGCCCGAUCUUUUCACACGGCAACCAUAUUAAUAAAUGGAAAAGUGUUAGUUACUGAUGGAUAUGCUAAUGGUGCUUCUCUGGAUAGAGCUGAGGUAUAUGAUGCAUUAUUAAAUACUUGGACACCUAUCCGUAACACGAAUACUGGACGAUACUAUCACACAGCAACUAUAUUAACAAAUGGAAAAGUGUUAGUUACUGGUGGAUAUGAUGGUAUUGCUUCUUUGAACAGUGCUCAAUUGUUUGAUCCAACGUUAAAUACUUGGAUACCUACGAGUAACAUGAGUACUGCACGAUACUCUCACACAGCAACCAUGUUAAUAAACGGAAAGGUGCUAGUUGCUGGUGGAUAUGCCAAUGGUGCUUCGCUGAACAGUAGUGAGUUGUAUGAUCCAGCAUUAAAUACUUGGACACCUAUCAGUAACAUGAAUAAUGCACGAUCUUCUCACACGGCAACCGUAUUAACCGAUGGAAAGGUGUUAGUUAGUGGCGGUUUUAACAAUGCUAGUUUUCUCAGAACUGCUGAGUUUUACGAUACGGUGUGGAAUAAUUGGACAACUAUAAAUAGCAUGAAAUGGUCUCGAGGAUUCCACACAGCGAACGUUUUACAGAAUGGAAAGAUCUUAGUUGCAGGCGGAUAUGACGGAAGUGACUUUUUAGCCAGCGUUGAAAUAUAUGAUCCGUUGGUGGACAGUUGGUUACCUAUGGGUAGUAUGUUGGCGAAGCGUGGAUAUCACACAGGAAUCGUUUUAGGGAACGGCAAGGUGCUAUAUGCGGGUGGAUUCAAUGGCAAUAAUUCUUUGGUUAGUGCGGAAAUAUAUGACGUGACGUGGAAUAACUGGACAAGCACUGGUAGCAUGAAUGUUGCGCGAUACUCUCACACAGCAACUAUGUUAACAAAUGGGAAAGUGUUAGUUGUUGGCGGAUAUACCGGAAGGCAGGCUGUAAAUAGUGCUGAGUUGUACGAUCCAUUACUGAAUAUCUGGCCAACUAUCAGUGCCAUGAAUUCCGCGAGAUACUUUCAUACAGCAACCAUGUUAGCCGAUAGAAAUGUGUUAGUUACGGGCGGUUAUAAUGGCAAUGAUUUGGUGAUCAAUGCGGAAUAUUAUUUGUGGACAUAA